AUAUAUAUAUCGACAGAGAGAGAGAGAGAGAGAGAGAGAGAGAGAGAAAUUUAAAGGAAAAUCUAAAACCCAAAACCCAAUUUUUAUCAGACAAAAUAGAAAUAGAGCCGCAAAGCAAAUAAUGGGUAUCAAAGAUCUUCUCAAAUUCAUGAAACCCUACAUUAAACCAAUUCACAUCAAGAAGUAUGCGGGCAAGCGAGUGGGUAUUGAUGCAUAUUCAUGGCUUCACAAAGGAGCUUAUUCAUGUAGCAUGGAAAUUUGUCUGAAUUCGGAUGGUAAAAAGAAAUUGCGCUACAUAGACUACUUUAUGCACAGAAUAAAUCUUCUUCGUCAUUACAGAAUAACCCCCGUCAUUGUUUUUGAUGGUGGCAAUAUUCCAUGUAAAGCUGCAACUGAGCACGACCGCCAUAAGAGAAGAAUGGCUAAUCGUGAUUUGGCAAUGGAGAAGCUUAAAGAAGGGAAUGUUAAUGCUGCCUCAGAGCUCUUCCAGAGAGCAGUGAGUAUUACUCCAUCAAUGGCACAUCAGUUGAUACAGAUUUUGAGAUCAGAGAAUGUUGAAUUUGUUGUAGCUCCAUAUGAGGCUGAUGCACAGUUAGCAUACCUGUCCAGCCUUGAAGUGGAAAAAGGUGGAAUUGAGGCUGUGAUUACAGAAGAUAGUGAUCUAGUGGCAUAUGGUUGCCAAGCUGUUAUCUUUAAGAUGGAUCGAUAUGGCAAUGGUGAAGAGAUAGUGAUGGACGAUAUUUUUGACUCUGUGUCUCUUAAACCUUCCUUUCAAAAUUUCGACAAGGAAUUGUUCACAGGUAUGUGUGUAUUAGCUGGAUGUGAUUUUCUUCCCUCUAUUCCCGGCAUUGGUAUUGCGAAAGCUUUUGCCUUGGUUUCUAAGUAUCGGAACUUAGAACGUGUUGUAUCGGUUCUGAAAUUUGAGAAGGGAAAUCUAGUGCCUGAAGAUUACUCUAAAUCAUUCAUUGAAGCAGUUUCUGUUUUCCAGCAUGCUCAAAUAUAUGACACUGACAUGAAAAAACUAAAACAUAUGAGACCAGUCCCACAGAAGCUUCUGCAGUCUCUAGAUGGGGAGAUUGAUUUCUUAGGACCAGAAAUCCCUCCAUCAGUAGCCAUUGCAAUUGCUGAAGGAAAUAUGGAUCCCAUCAGCAUGGAAGCAUUUGACUGCUCACCAACUCCUAGAUGUCAUACAGACCCUGUUAGGAUCCAAAUUUCUGGCCGGCUUCCAAGAGUUGAGGCUGCUUCUGUACCUGCACGAGAUGGCUGCUUUGUGGCCUUUUCUUCCCAAAAACCCAGAGGAAACUCUAAUACAGGCAAGUUAUGAAAUUCGAACCCAUUUGACACCUUGUUCUUAUAACAUUGUUGGUCCUGAA